AUGACACUACAUUGCUAUAAAUCCUGGCAGGCUCACCCGUGUCUACAGUCAUCACCCCCAUCACCCGUGUCUACAGUCAUCACCCCCAUCACCCGUGUCUACAGUCAUCACACCUAUCACCCGUGUCUACAGUCAUCACCCCCAUCACCCGUGUCUACAGUCAUCACCCCCAUCACCCGUGUCUACAGUCAUCACACCUAUCACCCGUGUCUACAGUCAUCACCCCCAUUACCCUUGUCUACAGUCAUCACACCCAUCACCCGUGUCUACAGUCAUCACCCCCAUCACCCGUGUCUACAGUCAUCAACCCCAUCACCCGUGUCUACAGUCAUCACCCCCAUCACCCGUGUCUACAGUCAUCACCCGUGUCUACAGUCAUCAAACCCAUCACCCGUGUCUACAGUCAUCACUCAUAUCACCCGUGUCUACAGUCAUCACCCCCAUCACCCGUGUCUACAGUCAUCACCCCCACCACCCGUGUCUACAGUCAUCACCCCCAUCUCCCGUGUAGUCAUCAUCCCCAUCACCCGUGUCUACAGUCAUCACCCCCACCACCCGUGUCUAAAGUCAUCACCCCCAUCAUCCGUGUCUACAGUCAUCACCCCCAUCACCCGUGUCUACAGUCAUCACACCCAUCACCCGUGUCUACGGUCAUCAGACCCAUCACCCGUGUCUACAGUCAUCACCCCCAUCACCCGUGUCUACAGUCAUCACACCCAUCACCCGUGUCUACGGUCAUCAGACCCAUCACCCGUGUCUACAGUCAUCACCCCCAUCACCCGUGUCUACGGUCAUCAGACCCAUCACCCGUGUCUACAGUCAUCACCCCCAUCACCCGUGUCUACGGUAAUCACACCCAUCACCCCUGUCUACAGUCAUCACCCCCAUCACCCGUGUCUACAGUCAUCACACCCAUCACCCGUGUCUACAGUCAUCAGCCCCAUCUCCCGUGUCUACAGUCAUCACCCCCAUCACCCGUGUCUACAGUCAUCACCCCCCAUCACCCGUGUCUACAGUCAUCACACCCAUCACCCGAGUCUACAGUCAUCACCCGUGUCUACAGUUAUCACCCCCAUCACCCGUGUCUACAGUCAUCACCCCCAUCACCCGUGUCUACAGACAUCACCCCCAUCACCCGUGUCUGCAGUCAUCACCCCCACACCAUACCCUUUUACCCAUACCUCCGCUCAGCAACCCGUCCAUCCAUCCGCUCCCUCUCACCACUCCCCCAACACCUUGCCAUCUUUCCCCAAGUCGAAUCAGCCACCCAUACACUCAUCUGAUCCACACUCACGCCCAUCUACCCACCCUCACAUCUUUGGACCCAUCUACCAUCACACCUAUCCCUCAAUCAAGUAUCAUCACAGCCAUGCACCCACCUAUGCGCCAUACAGCCAUUCACUCUGA